AACCCCAAAAAAUGUCCAUAUUGUUUGAAAAAUCAUAAAUACGAGCGCAUGGCGUUCUUCCCCAAAUCUGCAAUAAACCAAAAGUAAAAAUUUCCAUUAAAAAAACUCCCAUAAAAAAUGCCGAGAGUCGUGGAGUCGACGCGGAAGAGAAAUGGCAACAGUGAAUCACACAACACGAGUGAUAACGAUAAAAGUCAACUGAUAAACCGGUCCGAAAUGAUAGUGUCAAUGGAGGAUUCAUGCCCAGGAGAAGACAACUACGUCCUCGCCCUGUGUGGCACUCAGCAUGAACCAGAGUUCAGGUUUUGCGCGGGAUUGUCUGAUUACUCGUGCAUUGUUUACAAUGUUAAUGAGGGUUUGAGUAAAAUAGCGACUUUGAGCCACAACACGUCGCCAAUUGUUGGAAUUAAAUUCAGCCCAAGUUCAAAGAACAUUCUGUACACGGCGACGAGGGAUGGCCACAUUACAGCUUGUGAUCUUCGGGCGAAGGGAAAAGUUGUAGCUGAUAUGACAGAUGGACCAAUGGAUGGGAAAUUGAAGCCCCUUGCAAGUUUCGACAUCAGCUCCGACGACAAAUUAAUAGCAGCUGGUACUGAACAUGUUGGUGGAGAUGCCUUCAUCCUCUUCUGGGACAUAAGGUGCAGCAGUGUCAACAAUUCCAGGUCAGAAAGCAGAAAGAAUGAUUUGCUUGGUGGAUACUGGGAGUCCCACAUGGACGACGUGACGUCUCUGGCAUUUCAUCCCGCAAAAGCAAAUACAUUGGCCUCUGGCAGCACCGAUGGUCUCAUCAAUGUUUUCGAUCUCAAGAUGCCCACAGAGGAUUCCGCUCUGACUUACUCACUCAAUACUGAAUCGUCAGUGGACAGGCUGGGGUGGUUGGAAGACGACCACAUCUGGUGCACGACGCACACGCAUUGUCUUCAGCUCUGGGAGUGCGAGGAUGCAACGCCUUAUGGAAAAUACGAUCGUACCAGCAUCGCAGCUAAUUUUAUGAAUGAAAAUCCAGACAGCUGUUAUCUCGUGAGGGUGCACAGGAGUGCCAGCUCCGAGGAUCCUUUUCUUCUCACAGGUUCCACAGUUAAAGGGGACCAUUUACAUGGAUUGACUGUCACUUCUGAGGGCAUGAAGUGGUGCUCGGAUUUCACUGGCAACAAGCAGCUAGUCCGAGACAGCUGGUAUCAUGCAAAAAGUGGCUGGUUAAUAACUGGUGGCGAGGGUGGAAUAAUCAACCUGUGGAAACAAAACGAUACAAAUUGCCUCCAAGCAAAUGGAGAACGCAAAUCUCUCAUGAAGUCCACUGGAAAAUCCAAUGGUCGAGACAAGCAUCGAACGAAACCAUAUUAAUUUUUUUUAACGAAAAGAAAAACUGAAAUUCUUGCCGCGGGGCGGAUCCAAAUAAUGUACAAUAUUUUCUAUUUUUCUCAUUAAAUUUAUAAUAAAUAAAUGGUGAUUAAAUAUUAAA